AUGUCGGCUUCGCAAUCCUCUUCCCGAAAAAAUGGAGUCUCGGUCAAUAAAGACGUCAUCAAUUUCAUGGACAUCCCCGAAGCAGACCGAGAAACUUUUCUGAUAGAUCUCGAUCACGGAUUCUUUAAUUUGAGUUUAGUACCCGAAAACAGGAAAGAAGAAGUCGUUCGUAAGCUAGAGAUAGCGUUCAAUACAAGGGGGAGUACCGUGAAUGGAACAAACGAACAACAAAACACCACCGAGCUUCCUACAAUCAUAGAUGUAUUGGAAACUCGUACAGCAGAUUCUACUACGAGUACUAUACAGUUCUCAAUAAACCAGGGGGGAGAAGGAAUAACUUGGGUGGAACUCCAAAAACGCGGAACAAAAGUGAUUCCUAAAGCUCGUGAUGCCGCUUCUGAACUACUCUCUGGUCGGAAAAAUCACCAUACUGAGGAGAAGAUUGAGCCAGUCGCCAUGCCUAUCUUAGACGACUCGAAGGAAAUAGAGUUGAAAAUAGCUCGCAAAGAGUUAAUAGAAGCGGACAGAAUUAUCCAGAGACAGGACACCAAAAUUGCCCAGCUACUUGAAUGGAAGAACCAGAACAGGCUACUUGUUGAGAAUAUGGCAAAAGAACAUGCGGCAUCUCUUCAUAUUAAGAACACGGAGAUUGCCAACCUUAAGACUUCCUCCAUCGCAGAUCUCGUAUCUCUUGACAAAAAAUACGAACCACUAAUCGAGGUUGCAGUGCAUAUACUUGGCCGCAAGAGGGAGCUUUCCAAGCCAGGUAACUUGAGAAACUCAACCCUGAUUGAGGAAGGCAAUUCUGCUGCUCAUGGUGGAAAAUGCUUAGCAGACUUGCAGAGAAUGGAAAUCAAGCCUAUGGAUGUCGACUCAGACUGGUUUGAAAAUGGUUAUGGCGUAACAGACAAAGGUGCUCAGAGGUUUAAAGCAAGUUCUGCAUUUCGAAAACUCAUUAACAUGCGAUUCGACUUGCGAAAUCUCGAAUACAUCGAUCAGCAAGUUAUUAGCGAAUUUGAGACUACGUUUCAGAGAAUAAAGACGCAGAUUAACGAAAGCCUACCCGCAGAAGGCGAGACUGAUAAAGACAGUUCAUAUAUUAUGGAGGCACUACUAUUGAAGGAUCCAGUUGUCAAGAAAUUGUUUCAAGACGUUUGCAGCAAAUGGGUCGCUGCAGUUGAUAGAGAUCAGACCACUCGCAGGGAGAUCAGGAAGGAUUCCAAAGCGAUGUCUUUCGGACGCAGAUCCUACCUGUCUGCGAAAACAAAUCGGUCUCGAUGGAAUAAAAUUAGCAGCAUCAUGGGGACUAUCAGUGAGGGUGUGAAAAGUGCAAUAGAGAAAAUUCUCUAG